UCCUUCCUUCCUUCCUUCUUUCCCUCCCGUCCCUCCCCGUCCGCCGCCCGGUGCCCGGAGCUGAGCGGCCCGCCCUCCCCCUCCCCUUACCCAAGUGCUGCCUUCCCUCCCGCCGCCAUGCUGGCCGCCACAGCCGCUCUCCUUCGCCGUUGCGCCGUCUCCGGCCUCCGCGCCGCCGCCGUCCGCCGCCCCGCAGCCAUACUGCCUGCCCGCUGCUACUCUCACGGCUCGCAAGAAUCAGAUGAAGAAUUUGAUGCUCGCUGGGUGACGUAUUUCAACAAGCCAGAUAUCGACGCCUGGGAGCUGAGGAAAGGCAUAAACACGCUGGUGGGUUACGACCUGGUGCCGGAACCGAAAAUCAUCGAUGCAGCUCUGCGGGCGUGCAGGCGGUUAAACGACUUCGCCAGCGCCGUCCGCAUCUUAGAAGUGGUAAAGGACAAGGCAGGACCUCACAAGGAAAUCUACCCUUACGUUAUCCAGGAGCUUAGACCAACUUUGAGCGAGCUGGGAAUCUCCACUCCAGAGGAGCUGGGCCUGGACAAAGCAUAAAUCUCACGGGCGCGUUACUGGAGGGUUGGGCCGAGGCUCCCCAGUCUUACGCAGUCGCCCGGGAGACACCGGAGUUAAAAUAUCCCCUUCUUGGAAAUAACUUCUUCCUUUAUUGAGUCACGAUGCACGCCACGUGAAGUUGGACCUAAUAAAGGGAAAAACCUGGUUUGACUGA